AUGAUUGACAAAGUCGAUGUAGCAGAAACUAUCCGGUCCCUCGACUCGAUCAGUCAGACGUCUUUCAAGUCCGAUGCUGACCGAUAUGCUGCCAAAGAAGCAGCGCGUCGUCUUUUAGCUAGGCUCGAGACGCCUUUCGAACGAGGAUGGGCUCUGGCCUUUGAGACACCAGUCCUAGUAGCUGGGCUACAGAUGGGCUCCGAUCUCGGUAUCUGGGCUCACUGGGCUGAGGCUGAGAAACAGUCCGAAGGAGCACCUGUGAAGUUGGACACGAUCUUGGGCUGGUGCAAUGCCAAAGUCGAAGCAACAUUGUUGAGACGGUUCUUGAAGCACUUGAGCGCCCUAUACGUCCUUGAUGAGACAAACGUGGACGAGUGGAAACUUACUCCAUAUACCCGCGCCAUGGGAGACAAGUCAACCCACGCUGACCAAAUCAUUCGUUGCGGCCUCGAUCACACGAUACCAAGUGGCGUGAACCUCCCGAAGUUCCUCCAGAAAUACAGCUACCAGGACCCGCUUGACAAGACGAAGCUAGAUAACUACGCUGACAUGACUGGCGGAGCGGACUUCUUCGCCACCUGCGCCCAGGACCCAGAGCGACUAGGAAGUUCUUUCAUCGGGCUGAUGACCGCGCUACGAAACCACAAAAUGCCCUGGACAGAUGUGUACGACACAACCGAGCUCGUCGCCAGCGCCGACCUCACAAACGGCGCGCCACUCUUUGUCGACGUCGGAGGCGCCCACGGCCUCGACACCGAGCGCCUGCUAGCACGACAUCCCGACCUCCCCUCCGACAUCCUCGUGGUGCAGGACACGCCUGAAGUCGUCGCCAUGACACCCGAGGCCCUCGAUCCGCGCGUGACGAAAAUGGCAUACGACUUCUUCACGCCGCAGCCACUUCUGCUUAUUUACGAGGUGGUGUUGCCGGCGAAGGGAGCGACGAGUUUGAUGACUACGUUGGAUCUGCAGUUGAUGAACUGUGUCAGUGGGCUGGAGCGGACGGAGGAGCAUUGGCACGAUUUGUUGGAGACAGCUGGGUUUCAGAUCAAUAGUAUUUCGAGGCAUGAUAGGGCUGUUGAGAGUGUCAUUGAAGCGGAGCUUGUUUCGGUAGAACAGCCAUAA